CACGAUGGGAAACUAUAAAAGCCAUUUCACCUAAAACUCUCUUCAGACAAGACGAAUAAAAGCUCUCCAACAGCUCACAGGUGAUCGUGUGUCAAUAUGGCCCGUACUAAGCAGACCGCUCGUAAAUCCACUGGAGGAAAAGCCCCCCGUAAGCAGCUGGCGACUAAAGCUGCUCGUAAGAGUGCGCCCUCCACCGGAGGAGUCAAGAAGCCCCAUCGCUACAGGCCCGGAACUGUGGCUCUGCGUGAGAUCCGUCGGUACCAGAAGUCCACCGAGCUGUUGAUCCGUAAACUUCCGUUCCAGCGUCUAGUGCGUGAGAUCGCACAGGACUUUAAAACCGACCUGCGCUUCCAGAGCGCCGCCAUUGGAGCCCUGCAGGAGGCCAGUGAGGCGUAUCUGGUGGGCCUGUUUGAGGACACUAACCUGUGCGCCAUCCACGCCAAACGCGUCACCAUCAUGCCCAAAGACAUCCAGCUGGCACGCCGCAUCCGCGGGGAACGCAGCGCUCUUGUGACGUUUUGGGUGGUUUUUAAUACACAAGCGUUUGAAAGUGACGUGGGACCUUAUUAUGUCCUCAGGUCGUGUGUCAAUAUGGCCCGUACUAAGCAGACCGCUCGUAAAUCCACUGGAGGAAAAGCCCCCCGUAAGCAGCUGGCGACUAAAGCUGCUCGUAAGAGUGCGCCCUCCACCGGAGGAGUCAAGAAGCCCCAUCGCUACAGGCCCGGAACUGUGGCUCUGCGUGAGAUCCGUCGGUACCAGAAGUCCACCGAGCUGUUGAUCCGUAAACUUCCGUUCCAGCGUCUGGUGCGUGAGAUCGCACAGGACUUUAAAACCGACCUGCGCUUCCAGAGCGCCGCCAUUGGAGCCCUGCAGGAGGCCAGUGAGGCGUAUCUGGUGGGCCUGUUUGAGGACACUAACCUGUGCGCCAUCCACGCCAAACGCGUCACCAUCAUGCCCAAAGACAUCCAGCUGGCACGCCGCAUCCGCGGGGAACGCGCUUAAAGUUCUGUCUUCCUUCUCUCUCUGUUUUUGGUAGUUUUUAGAGUGAUGGUGGGGUGGGGGGUGGUGUAUAUGUCUCUUUGUUUUGUUAUUGGCAGCAAACUAUUAGGGUACUUCCUUUAUCAUGUACCAACCUGUGCCUGAUCAGCAUCAAACACACGCACACACGUGUUUGUGUCAGGGUCUUAUUCCAUCCGAUAGGUCCAUAGGGGUCAGAGGUCAGGGCUGAUGUCUGCGUUUAGGGGCUUUAAGGUCUCUGGUGCAGGGUGCUAUCACAGCCCCGACCCGUCCCAGAGGUCUCCGUGCCAUCUUCCCUGAAAUGCCCCUGACCGUUGGCACCCGAGUGAACGUGUGUUUGUGGCUGUUGAUCGGAACGGGGAUUUGUAUUCAAGUCCGAACAUCUCUCCAUACAGUGUUUGUGAUGGCAAUAUUAGGAAAUACUUUGAAUAAUGAUUGGAUUUGUAAUGCAUUUGUACGUGCUUAUUUAAUAGAUCUCGAGUGUGUUGUUGUGGAUACAUUACAAGUCAUUUUCAGUUGAAACACUCAUGCAUGAAGGAUAUUACCUGUAACUCUGUUUCACCUUUAGAUUCAUUCUUUUGAUUGGAAAAUCGUGUCAAACUGAGAUAUUAAUAUUAACUGAAUAAAUCAGCUUGACACUGUUUUUAGUUUAGUUUUUAGAGCAUUUCCUGUGUUAUAAGAACAGAUCUCUUCUAAUCGCAUCCCUUCACUAUGAUGUGAUUUUCUCAGGCAAACAUGGAAAACCAUUUUAAUAUUGGUGGGUAUUUUUGGGAUUAUUGUUUCCUUUAUUUAUAGUUUGACUUUGCAACAUUCAGGUGUUUAAUAAACUGAUCUUUGACAUUUUUCAUAAUUGUGUAAUAAAUGGAUGUCACACAAACACACGGCCUUGUGAGUUUUU